GCUCCGCGACUCAAAACGUCUGGGCCGCCCAGCCCAGCCAGUCGGCUCGUCGGCUAGUCGUCGGUGCACCUUCACCUGGUGCGCAGCGUGUAGCGCGUAGCACUCGCACCGCCUUGGCGCCUUGGCCUCGCGUCUCUUGCCGCGGCCUGCACGGACAGACAAAAUAAUGACACAGCAGACAGGCACGCGGCUCGUUCUGCCGGUAGCCCUCGCGGUAGCCCCGGUGGCAGACGAAACACAAAGGCGGUCAAAGUGGGGACUCGCCUGAUGUGGGCGACGGUGGUCGUCGUCGCGGCGCUCUUCUUCGGCGCCUCGCAGACCGCGGACGACGAGUGCACCGGCCCCACCGUAUCGACGCGCCUCGGCCAAGUGUGUGGCCGCACGGCGGUGUCCAAGACCUCGGUCACCUAUCAGUCCUUCCAGGGCAUCCCGUACGCCAAGCCGCCCGUCGGCGACCUACGCUUCAAGGACCCCCAGCCAGCCGAGCCAUGGACCGGCGUGCUGCGCGCGCUGCAUCCCGGGGCGCAGUGCUUGCAGUCCGGCCAGGGCGGCGUCGUGGAGUCGCUGUCGCCCACGCUGCGGCAGGCGCUGCUGCUCGUCCGCGCGCUGCCGAGCUUCCUGUCCAUGCUGACCUCCGGCAACCGCCAGAGCGAGGACUGCCUGUUCCUCAACGUGUACACGCGCCAGGUGCAGCCCGCGUCGCCGCGGCCCGUCAUGGUGUGGAUUCACGGCGGCGGAUUCCACCUGGGUAACGGCGGCCCCGGCCUCUACGGCCCGGACUACCUCAUGGACACGGAGGACGGCGACGACGUGGUGCUCGUCACCAUGAACUACCGCCUCGGCCCGCUCGGCUUCCUCAGCGUCCCGGACGGCGGCGCCCCGGGCAACGCCGGCCUCAAGGACCAGAACGCGGCGCUGCGAUGGGUGCGCGACAACAUCGCGGCGUUCGGCGGCAACCCCAACCGCGUCACCAUCUUCGGCGAGAGCGCGGGAGGCACCAGCGUGCAGAUGCACCUCCUGUCUCCCAUGUCCAGAGGACUGUUCCACGGCGCCAUCUCGCAAAGCGGGUCCGCGUUCAACCCGCGGUCCAGCACCACCGAGGGCCGGGAGAACGCCUACCGCCUGGCCCGGCUGGUGGGCAUCGACUCUGUCGACGACGCGGAGCUGGUGAAGCGCCUGCAGCAGGUGCCAGCCCACGUCCUGGCCGCCAAGUCGGAGUCCGUGCUGACGGCCGAGGAGCGCUCGCGCGGCCUCGCCGUCCACCCGUUCGUGCCGUCCCCGGAAGCCACCACCUCGGCCGCCUUCCUGCCCGGCAUGCCCCACGAGCUGCUGGCGCGCGGCGACAUCGCCAAGGUGCCCUACAUCGUGGGCAUCAACAGCCUGGAGGCCGGCUUCAUGCUGAACAGGCCUCGAGACUUCUCCGUGCUGCAGCUGGACAAGGAGACCGAGAACCUGGUACCCUCUGACCUGGGCCUGCAGUUCGGCUCGCCCGAGCACCAGGAGGUUGCCGCCAGGAUGCGGCGCGAGUACUUCGGCGACAACGUGAUGCCGUCCGACGAGCAGCUCGCCCAGUUCUACUCCGACCUGUUCGUGAGCUGGGUCGUGCACCGGACCGUCAACGUCUUCUCGCGGGCGGACAGCCCCGCCCUCUACGUGUACCACUUCAGCCACGACGGCGGGCUGUCCUUCUCGCAGCGCCUGCUCGACAAGAAGCUCCCCGGCGUGAUCCACGGCGACGAGCUGGGCUACCUCUUCACGCAGGACCUGCUGCCGAGCGGCCGCGAGUCGGAGCUGGACACGCUGGUGCGCCGCAGGAUGGUCAAGCUCUGGACCAACUUCGCCAAGACUGGAACCCCGAACGGAGGCCACAGUGCGCUUCUCAACACGGAGUGGCUGCCGGCUAACAACCAGAGCGGACUGUACCUGGACAUAGGGGCGGACCUGGCGAUGAAGCAGGGCAGUCUGUCUCCCCAUAUGGGCUUUUGGGACAGCCUGUACACGACGAGACAAGGAGGGCGAAGGCCGGAGGCAGGCGUCUAGAGGGGCACCGGCUAGUUUCGAAUAGAGUCGAAUCGAAUCCCAUUUAGUUCAAAACUUCUCGCAAUCCCUGAAGCUUCAGAGGCGUCGCUAGAAGAGAAAUGUGAUACGUUUUAAUGUGUUUUCUGUUGUUUAGUUGUAAAUUUCGUUUUUAAGCAAAGAAAGUAAAGAUAAUAUAUAUUAGAGAGGAGGUGAAA